CACAGAACCACUGCGGCACGAAAGUAAGUCACCUUUAUCGGCCGCAAUGACUUACCACACUUGGAUUUUACCGACUCUAGACGUGGAGGAAAACUUUGAGGUACAGGAUGUUAUAGAACCAAUGAAGGAGAGGUGGCUGUACACAAUACCAGUCUCUCUGGUCUACUUCACUGCAGUGCACCUAGGACAGAAAUACAUGGAAACAAAGACGCCCUGGAACCUUAGGAUGCCUUUAGUUAUUUGGUCGGGCUUGUUGGCUCUCUUUUCUUGGAUAGGAACAAUAAGGACGACAGUGUUCUUGAUAACUUCCAUCCAAGAAGACGGUAUCCUUCCAACAGUUUGCGGAAUAAGAGACAAACUGGACAACCCCUGUUGGUUCUGGCUGUACCUAUUCGCCAUGAGCAAACUGCCAGAACUAGGUGACACGUUCUUCAUCGUGGUGAGGAAGUCCAAACUCCAUUUCCUGCACUGGUACCACCACAUCACCGUCUUUAUCUACAGCUUCUACAUUAUCGCUCACCCUCAAUCCGGUAUGAUAUGGUAUGCAGGGAUGAACUUCGCUGUGCAUGCUCUCAUGUACACAUACUACACACUGCGCGCAGCACGUGUCAACAUUCCCAGAAAGUGUGCUAUGUUUGUGACCAUCUGCCAGCUUUCCCAGAUGGUGGUGGGAGUCGGACUGCAGCUAACGUCAUCCUACAUGCUCUACCAAGGAUACGACUGUGAUACCAGCGUUCAGGAUAUUGUGUUUGGGAUGUGUAUUUAUGCUAGCUAUAUGGUUCUGUUCGCUGAUUUCUUUAACAAAACCUAUUUAGUUGGAAAAAGUGAAAAGGUGAAGACACGAUAAAAAUUUGAUUCAAGUUUCUUAUAAAUGCUUGCUGAUUAUAUAAGGUCAUAAAAUAAUUAUCAAAUCUUGGAAUAUUUUGGAUUCUCUUAAAAAUUCGUGUCGAGAAAGAAUUGACAGCUUUUUUAAUCAAAGCCAUCUAAUUUCAAAUGAAAUGUAAAUUGUACAACUAUCUACUAAUACACUGAGGCACUGGCAAGGUGUACUUGCUUGCUAAUUUAGCAUUCUGUAUUGAAAUGUAUCUUAUCUGCUCAAUUUAUUUGAUAAGCACGUACGUUCAGUGAUUUUUGUUUAAGUGACUAAAAGCAAGAAUCAAAGUUUGAGAAAUUUCUGAUUUGAUUUACUGUAACGAUCACCAAAUUUACUUAGUUUUGCAUACUUCUGUACUGCAGAUUGGUACAGAACAGUAUUAACACUUUAAAACAACUUUUGAACAAGAUAAACUAUAAUUUAGUUAUAAAAUAAACUCAUGCAUGUUGUAAAUAUUAUAAAUGUAAAUUGUAAAAUUGUUUAUCUGAUCUAGAAAAACAUAUUUCUAGUAAAAAUAAUUUCUAUUUCCUUAUAUCCAGAAUUUGCCUCUACCAUUUCGUUUUUUACUCUUUCCCGAACAUUGUAAACGUAAUUUAUGAUUCACCACUCAAACUUUGUAC